CUUCCUUUCGUCUCUCAUUUCUCACCUUAGCUCUUAGACCAGUGCAGACAACCAUUACGUUGCAUGCUUGUAACUUUGUGCAUCAUCUUCCAUUACAAGUACUGCCUCCUAUCCUCGUCUACUUUCCACUGCGAUGCAUAAUGGCUACUUAGGUGGUUGGCCUCCACGGGUCCCCACUUCGCCUGAUACUACCACCAUGUCCGAUCCUUUAGCUGGACCACAGUCUUCUUGCACAACUUCCCUUGCUGGCCGUUCUCCUACUUCUAUUUCUUCUUCUUCUAAUAAAAAUAACUUACCUAAUCCAACGGAUACAAUCAACAGUCAACCAGAUGGUAUAUGUUGUGUCCAGCAGAAUUCUGGAACAGCUAAAGCUAAAGCUACGCUCCAGCCUACACCUACAGAAACCAUUGAACCAUCAAUAUCGGAUACAGUACGGCCCCAUGCUAAAAGGCAGCUCUCUCGGUCUUUCUCUGCAACUUUGAUUAAAACUGAUCCUAUAACCUUGCGGAAUACGGUAUCAGGAGGCUUACUAAGUUCGCCCAUCUCGGUCCCGCCUGGUGCAUUCCACCCUUAUUGCAGCGCCUCAUUCUUACCAAGUACGAUUCGCCCUCACGCACAAUCAACACCGCCAUCAGGUGGUAUUACUACACCUUCCUCUGUAGAUGCUAUCGCGAGACAUAACUUUGCAUCAGGAACAAUAUCUGAAAGUCCUACUGUGCCUCCUGCUCUCUCUGGCAAUAAUAAUGGCAGUCAAAUGAAGAGAUCACAGUCUCCGGAGCUUAUGCGACCUCUUUAUCAUUCUUUUUCAAAUGUGAGCAUGAUGCCGCCACCACGCUCUAUAUCUUUUGCGGGAACCUCUAGCCGACCUGUCUAUUUCAUCAGUGCCGUUCGCUAAGUUACCUGCAGAUAUCAAUAACAGCCCACCCCUGUUUACGACAAACACGCGAAAAGGUCAAAUAGUAGGAAAUAAAACACCUAAGAAAGGGAUCAAAAACAGGUUUAGAAAGCUUCGAAGAAAACAAGGAUCGAGUUCGCGUGAUAAUGGUGGAGUAAAUGCCUUCAUCACAAGUGGAGAAAGUGACUCGGAGGCUACAUUUGAUUUCCAUCAGCAC